CCUAGUCUACAAAACGUGUCUAGCUUGUCGUCCUCGAUGCUGAUUAGUUGUUCAUCGCUGAACGACUAGACUUGCUUAUCAAAUCUAUCCUUGGCUUCAAAGUUCACUGAGACCCUAAAAAUUGGGUAACUGUCGGAUUUUGACCUUGGGAUUUUCAUCAGCUUAUUGUGUUUACGCAGUCAACCAUUCGACUGACACGUUUGUUUUGAAGAGCGUUAUUUCUAAAGUGUUAUUCAAUCGACUAGGGACAAGUACUUUUUGUAGGUGGAAUGAAAUUGAUCAGUGAUGCAUUCAGGCUUGGCCAUUUCCUUCUCUCUGCUCCAUUUAAAGCAGUUCAUUGGGCUUCCUUUAAGGUUGCUAGUGAUGUCAUUGAAUGGUAUCCCUUAGAGUUGCUAGCUAAAGGAAGCAAAUAUGCCCUUUUGAUUCUCAACCAACCCAUUGAAUUUAGUAAGGAUACUGCUGUAAUGAUAUGGAAUAGAGCAUCUAUUCGAGCAACUGUAGACGGUGGCACCAACAUCUGGUUCCAAUUUUCUGAAGGAAUAGAAAAUGACAUUGGCCUCAGCAAUGCAAUUCCCGACCUUGUGACUGGAGACUUUGAUUCAGCAGAAACACAGUGCCUAAAAUAUUACCAAGCACAUGGUGCUAAAGUAAUACACACACCUGAUCAAGAUGAAACAGAUUUUACCAAAUGCAUUCAGGAACUUAGCACAGAGCUUCUUGCCCGCGAAAUGAAGGUGAAUGCCGUCAUUGCGGUUUGUGAAAAUACUGGCCGAUUGGACCAUAUACUUUCGAAUCUCAAUACACUGCAAAAAGCCCGUGAUAUACUAGGAAGUGCACCGCUUUACCUGCUUACGCACAGCUCCAUUAGUUGGGUUCUGCACACUGGUCGACACAAAAUACAUGUUGAUGACCGUACAAUCGAUCAACAUUGUGGCGUGAUCCCGUUAGGACAGCCUGCCUAUGUUACAUCGUCAGGAUUGAAAUGGGAUAUGGGUAUUAUUGAUUUUGUUAGGAAAUAACAUUACUAAUGUUGGCGUACGCUAUAAUGCUAUUCUUUACUAGAUUGCCUGAAGUUAGAGUUUGGCGGCCUCAUUUCAACAUCCAACAAGUUCACGGAUCAGGCAACUGUUACUUUGGAGACAGAUCGCCCUAUUCUUUUUACCAUGACGUUGCCGCCAUGGAAAUAACGCGUGCUAGUCGUUCGCUUCAUUGGUGCACAGAUUGCUACGAAAAAGACUAUCAUUUGACCAAAAAAUAAACAGCUCAUAGUAUAA